GAAACAGAAAAGAAGCAGCUCACACAACUCUGUUUCUCUUUGUGUGAUUCCAUUUUGGUAGCUGGGUUUCUCAGUCCAUUUCACCUGGCGUAUAUGUAAUCAGAGACGUAAUUACACUCUCUGUAUAUCACUCAAUUGCGUUUUGGAAGAUAUAGAGGGAGUGAGUCUGAAGAUCUGUAUUCCCUUUCGUUUUUCAAAGUCGCUUUCGCUCUUGUUAAUUUCAUUGCGGGAUUUUAGGUGGGAAAGCUAAAAAGGUCCUAUAUUUGGAUAUGGGAUUGUGAGAGCUUCCUUAUGGUGAUUGAGGGUUGAAGGGCUCCAGCUGUACAGGAAUAAAUCAAAAUGGCUCCUAAGGCUCCUGCUAGCAAGGCUGAUAAGAAGGCUGCAGUUGAUGCAGCAGCAUGGAUAUUCAAUGUUGUCACAUCUGUUGGAAUCAUUAUUGUCAAUAAGGCAUUAAUGGCAACUUAUGGCUUCAGUUUUGCUACAACAUUAACUGGUAUGCAUUUUGCUACAACCACCUUGAUGACAGCUGUUCUUAGAUGGCUGGGAUACAUCCAAUCUUCCCAUCUUCCAUUUUCAGACCUUCUGAAAUUCGUACUAUUUGCAAACUUCUCUAUUGUUGGGAUGAAUGUCAGUUUAAUGUGGAAUUCAGUGGGAUUCUACCAGAUUGCAAAAUUAAGCAUGAUCCCUGUAUCUUGCUUAUUGGAAGUUGUAUUUGACAAGAUUCGAUAUUCAAGGGACACAAAGCUCAGCAUUGGUGUGGUGCUCUUAGGUGUUGCUGUCUGCACAGUUACUGAUGUAAGUGUUAAUACUAGAGGGUUCAUUGCUGCCUUAAUUGCCGUAUGGAGCACUGCUCUGCAACAAUAUUAUGUUCAUUUCCUUCAAAGAAAAUAUUCAUUAAGUUCAUUCAAUCUGCUGGGACAUACUGCUCCUGCUCAGGCUGCCAGUCUACUGAUAGUUGGCCCCUUUCUGGAUUAUUGGCUGACAAGCAGCCGGAUUGACCAUUAUAACUUCACUGUUGCAUCUACGGCGUUCAUUCUUCUUUCUUGCACUAUUGCUAUAGGCACCAAUCUUAGUCAGUUCAUCUGCAUUGGCAGAUUUACUGCUGUCUCAUUUCAAGUGCUCGGUCAUAUGAAAACCAUCCUUGUUCUGACUCUGGGAUUUUUGUUCUUUGGGAAAGAGGGCCUCAAUUUACAUGUCGUCUUUGGCAUGAUCCUUGCUGUUAUGGGCAUGGUUUGGUAUGGCAAUGCCUCAUCUAAACCUGGUGGGAAGGAGAGGCCAAAACAUCCAGAAACCUCUGAACAAAACGACGAGAAGGUCUAAGAAUGUCAACGGUUGAAGUCGUGAGAGAUAAUACAACAAUACAAGGACAUUUUAGCCACCAUGCUCUAGAUACACCCUACCUAAGUUAAAUGGUCCUCUGAAUUUUGUAAUUGUACCUUAUAUAUCUUUACACUCCAUUGAGAGGGAUUGAAACUAUGGUAUAGGUAUUAGUUGUCCUCCAUUCUCCAUCAUAAUUUAUAUAUGUCGAUUUUUUUGGCUGUGGCUUUUCUCUUCAAUAAUGGUCUUGAAAUCAUUAGUGAAAUGUGAGAUGCAAUUAUCUUUUUUGUUU